UGCUAGCAAACCUCAUUAGUCAAACCAUCGUCUUUGAGUUUGGAGCUGCUACUUUUAAACUAGCAGGCCCUAAAAUACAAUGUUUCAAAUGGUUCGUGGCAAUUUUUUUCUUUCUUCGACCCAGAAGCUGCUAUCUGAGUUAAAAUGGGCGCGACAAGCAACAACGGCAGGGUCUGCUGCUUCCCAUAUGAUGAAAGCUAAUCAUCAAAGGGCAGGAGGAAGGUCAAAAGUUAAGGUGUAUAGAAAUAAAAGAAAGAAUCUUACAAAAGCAGAAAGGAUUGUGCCUGAAAAAGCAGACUGGCCAAGCAUCUUUGCUGUUGCCCAAUCAUUCAAUCCAGCAAUUGUCCCAUUGCCAAUACGCAUGGGUAGGGCCCGUCCAAACAGAAUUGGUGACAUUCCUCCGGUUGCUCAAGGAAAUAUAGAGCUGCUCAAGAUUCCAAAUUUUUUCCACCUUACUCCACCUGCUAUUCAAAGACAUUGUGAAGCUCUCAAAACCUACUGCACACCGUGGCCAGAAGAUAUUGGCAACAAGCCAGUCAGAAUUGUAACAAAUAAUUACAUAUAUUCUGGUCCGUCAAUUCGACAUCCAGCUUCCAAGAAAGUCACUUUGAAGGUUUACCUGAAGGACUUAGAUCUUGACGAUCAUGCCAGAACAAAAAUGAUUCUACUUGCUGGUCCUGAGAGAUACUGUAAAAAUACAGAUGAGCUAUCAAUCAGCGAAGACAGGUGUCCAACAAGGCAACAGAACAAAGAAUACGCUUUUUAUCUUUUAGCAGCUUUGUAUCAAGAAUCUUGGAAAACUGAAGAUUGGGAAAAUGAAAAGCCUGAAGAACUAGCAUUAUAUGAUCUACAAGAAAGAAUAUCUGAUUUGCUGAAAUCCCCGAUAAAACUGAAAGAAAAACUGAUAAUUCGAAGGAACCAGAAACGACCUAUCAAUGGCCAACUCAUACGUUUCAAUCGCCAUGGUAAAGCAUUUGUCGUCGAAAAUAGAAAAUAUGGAAUUUAUGGGCCUCCUUCAGAGGUCGAUAAAGUUGCUAUCGCGGAGGAAUGGGAGAAGAUUAAGUCAUAAUGUGCAGUCACUAAAGAAAUUAAUCUGGCAAAAUUGUUUCUAGACUCAAUAGUUGUUGAUGCAGAUAUUGAAGAUAUAGUUCGAUUUUUUAUCAGUUACUUCAGUAUUGCUCAUCAAUGCGAUAUUAGGAUUACGUAAGAAUUGGA